GGUACUGCAUUGUUUUUUUCUGCAGCAUUUCCUGAAGUAGGAAAUAAUCAGGAUUGCGUCUUUGAUUGCUUUAUAUUUAGACAUUGAAGUAUAUUUUUAGGGAGAGGACGCAUGCAUGGAGGCUGUGCAUGCUCAAGGUAUCUGGAUGGCCGAAAGGCUGCAGCAGAGGAGCAUGCAUCUGGAGAAGAUGUGGCUGGUUGUCACUCAUAUUGGAGAUCCUAAAGCAGCCUUCCUGCUAGUCUUCCCCUUCACAUAUUUCAUCAGCAAACGAGCAGGAGUGGCUGUGAUUUGGGUUGCAGCUAUAACGGAGUGGUUAAACCUGGUGUUUAAAUGGAUGCUGUUUGGAGAAAGGCCGUACUGGUGGAUAGGUGAAUCAGGCCUGUUUGUCAACAACCAACCCAACGUUCAGCAGUUUUCUUCCACCUGUGAAACCGGCCCAGGCAGUCCGUCGGGACAUGCGAUGGUGACGGCAGCAGUCUGGUGGGUGGUGGUGUCCUCACUGGGGUCAUUCCUCUACUCACGUACUCACAGUGUGACGUUAUCAGCGGCUCCCUACCUGUUCUAUGUGGUGCUGCUGGUGGCAGUGGGAAUCUCCAGGAUCUUCAUCCUCGCACACUUCCCUCACCAGGUCAUCGCUGGCUCCAUUACAGGUUUCAUUCUGGGCGUCGUUCUGAGCCGCAGAGUACCAGAAAGUCGCCCCCUGCUGUUCUUCUUCAGCUUCAGCAUCGGCCUGCUGCUCAGCACCGUGAUGCUGCAUGCCGGACUGCAGCAUCUGGGAAUCAACCUCUCCUGGUCUAUUGCUUUGGCUAAGAAAUGGUGCAGCCGUCCGGAGUGGAUUCGUCUGGAUACAGCCCCGUUCUCCUCUCUGACUCGAGACUGCGGGGCUCUUCUGGGUUUGGGGAUGGCCCAGUACUGGAAGCCUGGCGGAUGGUCUCUGCCUUGGGCUCCUCGGGCUUUGUCCCUGGCCAUUUCGUCCAUGGGCCUGUACCACGUCAACCGCCUGCCGCUCCCGGUCCGACCACCGGGACUCUUCUAUGGGCUGUUCUUUGUCAAAUUUGUCAUUGUGCCUCAGAUUGUCAUGGUGCUUGUGCCUGGACUGGUUCACCUGUUCACACACAAAAAGAGGAAGGACUAGAAUCUAUGUUCUGUCCUACACCCCUCCAAGGACAAAAGCUUCCUCAUGAGUUUCUGUCAGCACUUUAAAAGCCUUUUUUAAGUAUUUCAUGGGUUUGUUAUGGCUGUAGUUAGUUUCUCCACAUUUGUUUUUGGUCUCUUACAGUUGGCUGGGAAGCUUUUUUUUUUAUGUGAGAUUACAGGGUCCUUACGUGUGGGGAUUGUAUUCAAUUGUUUUUCACAUUUGCAGUGAAUCUAAAUACCGCAAUAACAAUAAGUAAUACUAUGGUGUUUUGGUGGGAAAAGCGUAGUUUGAGGAAUUGCACAUAAAACAACAUACAUGACUUGAAAACCAUAUCUGACAGGGUUAUGCUUUUGAAUGUUACCAGAGAAAGGACAGAAAAAAACCACACCUAGUCGACCCUUUGUGCUCACUUUCUAAAUGAAGCUUCAGCCCUCAGACCUCCAUCAGGUAAAAGAUCGGUUAAAUCAGAUGGAAAAGAUUUUCUCAAUGAAGGUCUGAGGACCGAAACAUUGUUCAUAAAGUGAGUAAAACUGGAGAGAUUUUGAUCUGACGAUCAUUAAGGCUUUCUGGACUGCCAGAACUUUAUAGUACUGUAAUCGUUAACUUUAACUAGAAAAGGUCAAACCAGUACUCCACCGGUUCAGCAUUGCACUCCGAAAACGGUGGAGAAUAAAAAACCUGGCACCUACAUUACCCACAAUGCAACUCAAGCUGCAGCAGAGAUCUGGAAAAACGCCCUUCAUCUAACUCCACCAACAGAUUUAUUGAUAUUUUCAUUCUUGCACUCUUCAGCCACUACAGACGCUGACUCAAGUGACAUCACUCAAGGCAAUUUAUCUGAUUUCAUUUGGCUUUGCUGGAGACCCAACACCUGUAAACACAUUUGAAUGUGGAAAAUAUCUGGAGUUACCUUUUGAGCACAUUAGCAUGAAAUAACAUUCUGUGUUAAAUUCAACUUUGAAAAACUCGGAUGGAGCAUUUCCAAAGAAAAGAACAAUGUUUUGGUCAAACUGGGGCUCAUACUUUGUUUAGGUCAACAUGUGUCGGACGAUGUUAAUGACACAAACACUUAAUAUAAUGAAAUCCAAAGCAACACUAUUCUCCACCAUUAAUGGCUUUAUAAAAUGCAAUAUAUCGGGAGUGGUAUUGAAUGAUAUCACAUUGUACAUAAACUAACUCUGUCGACAUAAUGGUGUAAUGUAUGUUAUUUUGUGGACCACAAAUAAUCCAAAAUAAGAAAAUGACGUGUAUGUAAUAUACAAGUAUUCUUUAAAAUAAAUGACGGACAUGCAGGGCGUGUUUCAGUUGGUAACCAUUUAUAAAUAUGUUCUUUUUUUUCUCCAAUACAUAGGUUUGACUGUACAGAUUACAAUCAGUUAUCAUGAGAUAAAAACACAUUCUUUUUUAUUGUUUUUAAUUAAACUUUUUAUCACAGCGAUCUGAAAGCUCACAUUUACAGACAAGAGAACUCUGCUCAGCAAGCAAAUACAUUAAAAUAAAAUAAAAAGAAACCUUUUGCUUUUUGUCUGGUGAGGUUGAAGGAGAAGGAAAAUGAUAAGGAUAGUUGGGGGAUAGCAGUCUCCUUAUCUUCAUCCCAACGUUGUAUCACACACCAGGGUCAGAACACCGCUAUACAUGUUUCUGCUUGAGCUCAUGGAAAGAAUAGAACAUGCAUCAGACUAUUUACAGCAAACUAAUAUACAUAGACAGCUUGAAACCAUACACCCUCGAAUAUCCUCAACUUAGAAGUCUUCUUAAAUUAAGUAUAAUACAGUUUAUAUCUUCAUUUCUGUAAAGAUAAGCAGGGCAUCUCUCUGGUCGCAGGUGAUUCUGAGACGGAACCGUCCCUUUUUAUAUCUUCUUUAUCGGAGAAACCAAAAUAAAAUGUUACAGACAAAUGGUCUAUAACUUUUCCCACAUAUACAAAUAACUUGGAUAUUCUCAUUAUUCCACUUUCUCCAUCACCCAAACUCCAAAUAUGGAGUUUCAGGGCACUGACACUUCAGUCAUACUUUUUUUUGUUGCAGUAGAUUCGACUUCAUUUUUUAAGAUGUGUGCAAGACCAGUGGAUCAGACUGGCUGAUUUAGAGAUAGAGGACUUUAAUGUAUAUAUUUUAUUUUAAAGAUGUGGAAUACUUGAAUAUGAUCGGCUUCCUGAAACAGACUUGCUUCACUAACAAACCCCCGAGCUGAACUGAGUGUAACAUCUGAGUCAGUAUAUACAACUUGUGCUAGAAAGUCUAUACAUCUUCAGCAGUCUAAAAACAUCGUCUGCUCUUCAUAUUGUCAUUCAUCACUGCUUUGUAAAUCAUAUAAUAAUAAUAAUAAUAAUAAUAAUAAUAAUAAUAAUAAUAAUAAUAAUAAUAAUAAUAAUAAUAAUAGUGUCUAUGAUAGUCUGGUCAGCCUGAUCACACACCCACUUUCUCCAAUUCCAACAAUCAUAACAACAAAGUAAGUAAAAUACAUAAAGUGCACCCUAAGUUAAGAACUUAACAGGCAUUUUUAGUGCAGAAGUGGCGGAAUAAAAAUGCAUUGUGGGUAAAAACAAAACGACACAGAAUAAUGCAGGAGAAAGGGGGAAAACGUCUGUAACAGUGGUCGUGUAUGCAUUUGCUUGCUUUUAAUCGCUGAGCACUAUCCAUGUUAACCCGUCACCAGCAUAUGUACGCUCUGUCAGGAACACACUGCGUGAUUACCUACGGAGGAGGGACAAAGGACAACUUUGAUUCUCACGUGCCACAUGAUAAAAUCACCCCAUUCAUCAUUUCACCCGCAUCGUUCAUUGGUUUCAAAUUCCUGUAGCCAAAGAUUCAAACUAGAAACCAAUUUAAUGCACUCAAGGCCAAACACAGCAAUCUGUCCUCAAAACAAACUAUCACACGAGCUUGUACAAAACUAUAUUAUCUGUUUAUGUAAGCAGAUGAUUGAGCAAGUAUUCAAAGCUGCUUAUCGACAGGAAGCUGGUCCAAUGUGUCUGAAAACGUUAGAGAUUGCAGCCUUGACGCGAAAAGGUCUGUGAUACAAUAAUUAUACUAAAAAGAAAUAUAAAAAGUAAUAAUUCAUGUAUCUGAAUCCUUAGAAAUGAGGCAAAGGGCUGGUUUAAAAUGACUGAAUCAACCAAAAAUGGUUGCGCAAUAGUUGGAUUUCAUUCAGAAAAAAGUGUUUUAUAACCAGUUUAAAGCUGGACUUUUCAAAAGUGCAUACAUACACUUUGUGGUACUCUGAGUAAGAUUUGAAUCUCUAUAAGUGUUUAUGAAUUAAAGUUGAAAGCCGUUUGAUGGACCGGAAUUUAAAUGGCCUAAUUUUCUCUGGUUCUAGCGUCCUGCAAUGUGAGGAUAUUCUGCUUUCCUCUGUGUUACAUAUCUUUAACUAAAUGUCUUUUGGGGUUUUCAGAUUAAACACAACAUUUGAAGAGGUAAUGUUGGAUGAUAUUAGACAUAUUUUACUAUUCUCCUGACAUUAUACAGAAGAAAAAAAAAAUCAGUAGAUUAAUUGCUAAAGAAAACACUUCAGAUCAUCGAGGACGUAUUGCAGCAGAGGAAACAUUUUCUCGCAUAAAACCACAACAAAAUCUUUUUUAUUUUGCCACAAUAGAGGUAAUUAUAUCACUCAAAGUUGUCCCCUGUCCCUCAUUCCUUACCCCGCUCCGUUUUCCACAUCCAUAUGACUAGCAGUGGGACACAAAGGCAAGGUUAACAGAAUACGAUUCAAACGCAAACUAUGUUUUCUUUCUAUGUACAAUAUAUAACUUAAUUAUAAAUAUUGUCAUUUUUCUCUAAGUACUGAGUUGUUGAGCCAUUUGUAUUUUUCUGAGCAAUGUACAGUAUUGAACAUAUAAUAUUGUAUUACAUAGAAUAGAGCCUACUAGCAACCUUGGUUAAGAGCACACUUUGAAAGAACAGAAGAUGGAUACAGAGUCCACGAGUAGAGUCCGAUGAUUAGUACUUUCACUCUGACGGUCCCACCCGUUGUUGUGUUCACCUGUGGGAGCUUUGUGCCACACAACAUUUUGGAAGUGCACUGGUCUUUGAUUCAGUAUGAGAUCAGAACUUCGGACCAUCCUGUUAUCCCACCUGUGUGCAGAAUAUGAUAAUGAAAUAAUCGCUUAGUUAUGUUUUUUCGUAUAAUGUCUAACACCCUAAGUGUGUGUGGCUUUCUCUCUGACUGUCUCCCGAUGAGUCCUUUAAGAUGAGUUCGUCCAUGACACACACACGCACACACACACACACACACACACGAGGGUCAGCAGCGUCUGCUGUUGAGCUAAAUAUUUUCCUCCUCUCACUU